CUAUGCAAGUGUAUACAAGGAGAAGAAAUAGAACAAACAUAACACGUGUAGAAGAAGAAGAUGGCACGUGGGAGAAAGAUACUUGUAUAAAACUAUAGCAUUUGACAUUUUAUCAUUCUUAUGUUGUUGUAUGUGUAAACAGAGACGUAUGAGUCUUCUGAGGAGAGAGAGUAAUGUCUAGCUGCGUCUAGAGACUCUUCUUCACAUAUCUGUGGCUGUAAUCGAUUCUGUUUUGGGUUAAUAAAGGGAAGGAGAGUUCUUUUCUUAACAGACCACUGUUAGUGUUGAUCAGAUCCCAGGGCUUAACACCAUGGGGAUAUCAUUGGUCCGUAUAGACUACGCACCAUAUGGACAAAACCCUCCUCACACACACCCUCGUGGCUCAGAGAUACUUGUCCUAGUCGAAGGAACAUUAUACGUUGGUUUCAUCGCUUCCAAUCAAAACGACAACAGCUUAUUCACCACAGUAUUGCACCCGGGAGAUGUUUUUGUGUUUCCCAUAGGAAUGAUCCAUUUUCAGAUCAACCUCGGCAAAGUUCCAGCAGUUGCUUUUGCGGGAUUGAGUAGUCAGAACGCUGGAGUCAUCACAAUUGCUAACGCGGUGUUCGGGUCAUACCCUCAGGUUUAUCCAGACCUUCUUGCUAAGGCUUUCCAGUUGGAUGAAAGUGUCGUUAGAGAACUUCAGGCCAAGUUUACUCAUCCUCGUUAAUCUAAGUCGUGUUUAGACAUGUAUAUCAAUUGUUUUGUAACACUCAUUUUACAAAUGCAAUACUUAGAAAUAUUCAUGGAUCUUAUAAUGUUAAAAUAUGAUGU